CUUUUUAUACGCACAGGAAAGUAGACUUGACAUUUAUAGGUCUUACCCAGUAUACAGUGUUUGGUAUUACUGUUUCCGUUGAUAAGUCUUGUGUCUUGACAAGCGGUUGAAAUGGCUAUCACCGUUCGCAACGCAACUGCUUUGGCCGUCGCACACCGCAGGACCGUUCGGAGUGUGGCUGUCCGCCCGGCUGCCCGUUCCGCGACCCGUAAGAUGGUGAUCAGGGCGUCUGCCGAGCCAGCCAGCACUCCAGUCAAUGAGAACCUUCAGAAAGUCCAAACUGCUGCGACGGAGGCCUGGACCUGGAUGAAGACCAGGUGGGAGGCCACGGAGGAUAGCGAGAAGCCUGCUGUGGUGGCUAUUGUCAUUGGUGUCGUGAUUGCCCAGAUCGCGAUUGGCGCGACCAUUGACGUGGUGGAUCGCAUCCCGGUCGUUAGCACUAUUCUGAAGCUCUUGGGGCUUGGUGUCACCGGGUACUACAUCUUCAAGCUGACGACCGACCCUGUUGAGCGUGACGCGGUGAAGUCUUCCGUUACCGGCUUCCUGGAGAAGGUCACCGGCGACGACAAGUAAAAAUAACAUCAGAUGAUUGUUCUAUUCGUGUGUCACGUGGCAAGGGUUUGAUUGUGAUUUGCAUGUCAUUUUGCGAUCCAGUUAGUUUAGACAACGUACAAAUUGUGUAUUGAAGUGAUAGUAAGGUUAUAGUGAGGGCUUUGUAUAAUGAAGAUUCCUUCGGUGCACCAUAUGAACCUCUCGCACGAAUAGUAUGCUGCUGUUCGCUGGGUUGUGUAUAUUCUCUUGUAUUUUCUGCCCCAAUCCAGGCUGUUAUUUUUUGGAGAGAAUUGAUUGUCUUUGAUUAGUUCGGUGGCUAAGAUGUUUGGGUUUUUUUGAAUGGACGAUGUACAAUUUAUUGCUUGUUCCACUCGGUGUUGUUUAUAUUCGAAACCGUAAGUGAUCCGAAGAGUCAGUGUUCUGAUGUUAGUGUUAUGAGCAUGAGUGUAUCAGAAUAGGAUGAAGAGGAAGGGUUCGUAUAGUACGUAUACAUCGUUGUAAUAACAAGGGACCAGUACCACGCCGGUCAU